AUGAGGUGCAAGAAUCUGUUCAAUCAAGAGCUGCUCUUGUGCAAUUUCACCAGUUUUGACAAAAUGAUCGCCUCGCUGUCACAAAGCUUCGUCCACCUUGGCGUCCACAUCACACCUCUUGCUGAGAAAAAAGCUCCUGGAAAAAAGCCUGCUGGGUUAGGGGCUGCUCCCACUUCUGCCGUUGAUGGAUAUGAAAUUUUGCUUUCAUCCAUCCCUGAGAUUGCCAGCUUUGGAAAACUUUUCAAGUCAUCUGCACCUGUGGAGUUGACCGAAGCAGAGACUGAAUAUUCUGUUAGUGUGGUGAAGCACAUCUUUGAUAGCCAUGUGGUAUUCCAAUACAACUGCACAAAUACCAUUACUGAACAAUUGCUCGAGCUGGUUUCUGUUUUUGUUGAUGUAUCUGAAGCAGAGGAAUUUUCAGAAGUUGCAACAAAGCCUCUACGAUCCUUACCGUAUGAUUUGCCAGUACAGACUUUUGUUGCUUUUGAAAAGCCAGAAGGUGUUUCUGGUACGGGAAAGUUCUCAAAUCUCCUGAAGUUUGUGGUUUAAGGAGGUGGAUCCAGCUACAGGAGAGGCAGAGGGAGAAGGUGUUGAAGAUGAGUACCAGCUCGAAGAUCUUGAAAUUGUCGCAGCUGAUUACAUGCUGAAGGUGGGAGUCUCCAACUUGAAAAAUGAUUGGGAAAGUUUGGACCCUGACAACGAGCGCAUUGAUGAGUAUGGCCUAGCUGUGAAAGAGAGCUUGACAGAAACCGUCAAGGCAGUUAUAGACAUUCUCGGCAUGCGACCUUGUGAGGUUAGUCUUCUUCCAAAUGACGCACUCCAUUGUACCACAGAAAGAAACCAUGUUCAAUUUGUUCAAAAGGAACCGAUGUUGUUCCGAACAACUCAACGUCACACACACGCUUCUCAGGGAUUUAUCUUGGCAAUGUGAAGGUGCUUGUUAGAGUGUCGUUUGGCAUUGAUGGGUCCAAGCAGGUUGCAAUGAAGCUGGCAGUUAGAUCUUAAGAUCCAGAGAUCAGCGAAAAGAUUCAUUAAAUUGUUUCUGAGGGUUGAAUGCAGCAAACAUUGUUUGGAUCCAUCUUUUGCCAGAAAAUUUUUUCGCCUUCCCUUUCCCCUAUACUUUUUCUUUGUUCUUCUUCGUUAGAACUUGUUCAAUUCCUGCGACUGAGGUGGUUGUCAUUUUGUUUGCUAGGAACUUGUUUUUGCUCAGCCUUAAUUGUUUGACGGAUGAAAUGUAUUCAAUUAUACCGUUCAACUUUUAUCAAACACAAGGAUGAUUGUUUUUCA